AUGAAAUGUCUUCUUCAGUUUCUCAUAGCUAAAAUCAUUUUAUUGGCAUUAGCAUCUUCAGUUGUAACUUGUUACGAUCCAUCUCCUCUUCAAGAUUACUGUGUUGCCACCAGCAAUACAAAUGGAGUUUUCGUGAAUGGAAGGUUAUGUAAAGAUCCAAAACUAGUAACGUCCAAUGAUUUCUAUUUUUCCGGCCUAAACACCCCUGGAAACACCAACAACCGUCUUGGCUCAUCGGUCACCAAUGUAGAUGUCAGAAGAAUCCCUGGUCUCAACACUCUCGGAGUUGCCAUUUCCCGCUUUGAUUUCGCCCCUGGAGGACAAAUCCCACCGCACAUACACCCACGUGCCUCCCAAAUGAUCUUAGUCCUCGAGGGAACGCUCUUGGUCGGGUUUGUGUCCUCCAACGACUACAACUCCACGCUCUUCUCCAAGGUUCUUUAUCCCGGAGAUGUAUUUGUUUUUCCCGUCGGUUUGGUUCAGUUUCAUGCUAAUAUUGGCAAGACGAAUGCGGUUGCGAUUGGUGCAAUUAACACAGUCGGGAGUCAAAAUCCUGGUGUGGUUCCGAUUGGUAAAACGCUUUUCGGGUCCCGCCCUUUGAUUGAUACAGGGCUUUUGGCUGAAGCUUUUGCGUUGGACGUGAAUACAGUGAGAUAUCUCCAAAGGGUGUUUUCUUCCGAAGAAAAUAUAGUUACCCCUAUAGUUAACUAG